ACGUUAAAAUUUAUAAAUUGUAAAAUUGAAUUUUCAAUUGACAACCCGUACUAACGAUAUGUAUAUUUGAGUUUAAAAUAAGAAAUAUAUAAAGCGUUAUUAGCGGAUAUCGGCGGAAAUUUAAUUAAAAGACGAGUUUAAGACGUGACGACAGAACCACGUGACGGAUAAUUAUCAUUCCACGGGUCACGUGAGCUUUCCCGCCAAUUUUUGUCAACCAUGUGCCUACUUCUAUAGAGCGACAGUAGAGAGACCGCUAGAGAUCGAACGUAAUUCGAAGGUAUUAUUCACUCUUCGUGGUUGUGCUUAAGUAAACAUGUGGGUCCAGGUACGUAGCAUGGAUGGUUCCAAGUCGAUUCGCGUGGACGAAUUGUCGAAAUUAACGAAGAUCGACGAACUUAGGAAACGUUUGGUACAACACUUCGACGUGCCACCCGAGAGACAAAGAUUGUUCUAUCGUGGGAAGCAACUGGAAGACGGUUACACCCUCUUUGAUUAUGACGUCGGAUUGAACGACAUCAUUCAGAUAAUCGUAAGGCCCGUUGUGAACGAGAAGAAAAACGAUGAGAGUAGCGAAGACGAGAGUGUUACAUCUAACAAGGAAAACAAGAUGGAUUCGCCGUCCAGUUCCGAUGUUAAAAUCGAAAGUAAAUACUACAAAGUGGGAGAGUGCAUAGAUGCCAGGGAUUUGAAUAAUGGUGCAUGGUUCGAAGCCAAGAUUGUCAAGAUAACAGCGAAAGACUCCAACGAGUUGAAGAGGCAGUUGAGCGAGAGUGGAAAUUGUGGAAUGGUGAGUGGUAAUUCGAAUCAUCUGGCCAAGCCGACAGAGGACGAUCUGUAUUUUUACGUUGUUUUUGAUACCUACGAAGACGACGAUCCCACUCCGCUCACGUUCGAGAACAUCCGUCCCCGGGCUAGAACCGUGAUUAACUUUGACGAUAUCCAGGAGGGUUCCAUGGUUAUGGUGAAUUACAAUAUGGAAGAGCCGACCGAAAGAGGGUAUUGGUACGAUUGUAAAAUUACUUGUAAGAAAGGGAAGGAUUUGUUCGGAUCUGUUCUUGUGGAUCCGAGUCUCACACCCGUUAAAAACUGUCGUAUAAUUUUUACCAAAGAAGUAUUUAAAAUUGAAGAGCCGAUGAAACUCAAUCAGCGGAGUAACGAAGAAGAGCAACUUAUGACCCAGGGAUCUCCAGUGAAACGACAGAAUAAACCAGAGUGUUCCCAUUGCAAGGAUAUUAUAAAAAGAAAGUGUAUAUAUUGUGCUUGUCAUUCCUGUGGAGGAAAAGAUAAUCCGGAUAAACAAAUACUUUGUGAUGAAUGUGAUAUGGCUUAUCAUAUUUGGUGUCUUGAUCCUCCCCUCGAGAAAAUACCAGAAGAUGAAGAUUGGUAUUGUCCGGAAUGCAAAAAUGACGAAACGGAAGUAGUGCGUGCUGGUGAAAAAUUAAAAGAAAGCAAAAAGAAAGCUCGUAUGGCAUCAGCUACUAACAAAUCUAACAAGAGGGAUUGGGGAAAAGGAAUGGCGUGUGUCGGAAGAACAAAAGAAUGUACAAUUGUACCACCGAAUUAUUUUGGACAAAUUCCUGGAGUCGAAGUGGGAAUGUGUUGGAAGUUUAGAAUGCAGGCUUCUGAAGCCGGCGUUCACAGGCCUCACGUGGCUGGAAUUCAUGGACGAGAGACAGAUGGUGCAUAUUCUAUCGUUCUUUCUGGUGGUUAUGAAGAUGAUCACGACAAUGGAGAUGAAUUUUUCUAUACAGGUAGCGGAGGUCGAGAUCUUUCUGGUAAUAAACGCACGGCCGAACAAUCUUGUGACCAGACUCUCACGAGAAUGAAUAAAGCUCUUGCCUUAAAUUGUGCAGCAUCAUUAAAUGAGAAAGGUGCUAAAGCUAAGAACUGGAAAGAAGGUAAACCUGUUAGAGUUGUGAGAAACUGUAAAGGAAGUAAACAUUCAAAAUAUUGUCCAACCGAAGGGAACAGAUACGAUGGAUUGUACAAAGUUGUAAAAUAUUGGCCAGAAACUGGAAAGUCUGGAUUUUUGGUUUGGCGUUAUCUUUUGCGCAGAGAUGAUCCCACUCCGGCUCCGUGGACAAAAGAGGGUAAAAAACGAAUAGCCGAACUCGGAAUAAUGAUGCAGUAUCCCGAAGGUUAUCUCGAUUCGAUCGCCGAGCAAGAGAACGGAAGCCAAAGUAAGAAAGGAAAAGGUAAACGAGCUUCUGAUAGUACAAAUAACCUUAGUCCAAAAAAAGCGAAAAUUCUUCCUCAUACAUUGCCAAACGAAAUUAAAAAAUUGAUAGAUGACGAUAAAAAGAAUAAAAAAAUAUGGGAAGAAUGCGAAGAAUAUUUAAACGAAGGUAAACAAAAAUUUUUAAAAAAGAUUGAAGAAUUGUUUUCUUGCAUUUGUUGCCAAGAAGUUGUAUAUCAACCCAUCACCACAGAAUGUUGCCAUAAUAUCUGUAAACCUUGUUUACAAAGAUCAUUUAAAGCCGAAGUAUAUAAUUGUCCUAUGUGUCGUAAUGAUUUGGGUAAAGAUUAUAUAAUGCAUUCGAAUAAAAAUCUGACAAAAAUCUUGCGUUAUCUGUUUCCAGGUUAUGAAUCUGGACGUUCCAGUUAAACAUCUUAUUGUUUUAUUUUGUUAAACUGUUGUUAUCCAUGGUAAAAAAAAAAAACAGUUAAGCC